CACAACUUCAGCCUUUCAACAUGAGCGGUAGCAGCGAUCCGGAGCGUGAGCAUGCUCUCGAAGAGUACAAAGGGAAGCUACUAGAAUCGAGGGAGUGGGAGGCAAAGCUGAAGGCGCUGCGGUUAGAAAUCAAGGGCCUUCAACAUGAUUUCGACGUAUCGGAGGACAACAUCAAGGCUCUGCAGAGCGUGGGCCAAAUAAUAGGCGAGGUGUUGAAACAGCUGGAUGAAGAGCGAUUCAUCGUAAAGGCCUCGUCAGGACCUCGAUAUGUUGUCGGCUGCCGGUCAAAAGUCGACAAGGUGAAGCUCAAACAAGGCACUCGAGUCGCGUUAGAUAUGACGACUCUCACAAUCAUGCGAAUGCUACCCCGCGAAGUCGACCCGCUCGUCUACAACAUGUCAUUGGAGGAUCCAGGGCAAGUCAGCUUCGGCGGUAUCGGUGGAUUGAAUGAGCAAAUUCGAGAGCUCCGCGAAGUUAUCGAGCUGCCGCUGAAGAAUCCGGAGCUGUUCGUGCGAGUUGGAAUCAAACCACCUAAAGGUGUGCUGCUUUAUGGCCCACCAGGUACCGGAAAGACCCUCCUUGCGCGUGCUGUAGCAAGUAGCUUGGAAACCAACUUUCUGAAAGUUGUCUCUUCGGCUAUCGUCGACAAGUACAUUGGAGAGUCAGCGCGGCUGAUCAGGGAGAUGUUCGGCUAUGCAAAAGAGCACGAGCCUUGCAUCAUAUUUAUGGACGAAAUCGACGCUAUCGGUGGACGAAGAUUUUCCGAGGGUACUUCAGCAGAUCGAGAGAUCCAGCGAACGCUGAUGGAACUGCUAAACCAGCUCGACGGUUUCGACUACCUGGGACAGACCAAGAUCAUCAUGGCAACAAACCGACCGGAUACUCUAGACCCUGCUCUUCUCCGUGCCGGACGAUUGGACAGGAAGAUUGAGAUUGCGCUGCCCAACGAGGUCGGCCGUCUAGAGAUUCUGAAGAUCCACGCUAGCGGUGUGCAGACCGAGGGUGAGAUCGAUUUUGAGAGCAUCGUUAAGAUGAGUGAUCAGUUCAACGGGGCUGAUUUGCGUAACGUUGUCACAGAAGCCGGUCUAUUCGCCAUCAAGGAUUACCGAGACGCCAUCAACCAAGACGAUUUCAACAAGGCAGUACGAAAGAUGGCCGAGUCGAAGAAGCUGGAGGGCAAGUUGGAGUACCAAAAACUUUAA